AUGUCCCUCAUUCGUAGUGUGACCGGACGCCCGGGCACUGCACUAAUUCCAUUAAUCCUGGUUGCUUUUGUAGCAAUUCUGGCUGCCUGUACGCCGUCUCACGAUCAGUCCACAUUCGACACCGCGGGCCCGAUCGCCAAGCAACAGGCCGACCUGUUCAUUUUCAUUUUCUGGGUCGCCGUCGCAAUUUUCAUCCUCGUGGAGGGAGCGCUCAUUUACUCGGUAUUCCGGUACCGGUCGCGGCCCGAUGACAAGAUACCGAGGCAGGUCCACGGCAACACCCGCCUUGAAAUCACCUGGACGAUUGUUCCUGCGUUCGUCCUUUUGGCCAUCGCCGUGCCGACUGUCAAAGCGAUCUACGAUCAUGCCACGCCUCCAACGGACCGGGGCGAGCCGCUGGAGAUCGUCGCCAUAGGCCACCAGUGGUGGUUCGAGUUCCGGUAUCCCAGCCUUGAGAUCGUGACCGCCAACGAGUUGCACAUACCGACCGACCGGCCGAUUGUGGUGACGCUCCAAUCGCAAGACGUCAUCCACAGUUUCUGGAUACCCAAGCUGGCGGGCAAGCUGGACAUGGUCCCGCUUAACGACAACGUCUUCUGGUUUCUCGCUGAGCGCCCCGGCAUGUUCUACGGACAAUGCGCCGAAUUUUGCGGGGUCGCUCACGCCCACAUGCGUUUCCGUGUAUUCGCAUCGCCGGAAGAAGAGUUCGGACAAUGGGUCACGGCGAUGCGAACGCCUCCAGACGCGCCCGAGCCUGACAGCCCCGCGGCGUUGGGAAGGACCACGUUCCUCGCCAACUGCAGCAUGUGCCACUCGGUCGACUCAUAUCGGAGCGGCGGAUACGGGGACGAGAUCGCGGCGCAGGAUCUGCGCUGGGAUACGUUGGUAGAGCAGCGUGAAGAAUCGCCGAUAGUUUCCGGCCCAAACCUGACACAUCUCGCCACGCGAAACGCGUUGGCCGCGGGCGUGGUCCCGUUGACCGAAGAAAACCUACUGAAGUGGAUCCAAAACCCCGCCUCGAUCAAGCAUGGCACCCGCAUGCAAGCGAACGCUGCGGUCUAUAAAACCAGCAAUAAUCACGUCGAUCUGACCGACGAAGAGUUGGGCAACGUUGUUGCAUACCUCUUGUCGCUUGAGCCGGGCGAGGGUGGGCCGGCGGAAGCCAUCCCUCCGUCAGAGAGCGGCGAGCCUGACGCAGCGCGGGGCGAAGCGCUGUUUGCCGCCAACGGCUGUUCGGGGUGCCAUUCGUUGGGCGACGAUAUGCUGGUGGGACCCGGACUCAAAGGCGUGGCCGUACGGGCCGCUACGAGGGUGACGGGGCUUUCCGCGGACGAAUACCUGUAUCAAUCGAUUCGCGAACCUGCGGCGUUUGCUGCUGAGGGAUACACCGCCGGCGUGAUGCUCAAAUUCCCGUCGUUGACGGACGGUGACAUCGCCGACCUUAUCGAGUACUUGAAGACGCUGGAAUAG